GGAGAAAUUCGGGGUCGAGUUUGGGGAGGAUGUGCUCCUCAAUCAGAUCCAGUCCAUCAUUUGUAGGCUGCGACGCUCCUGGUUUUGGCACGGCGUGGCCGGCAAGGGUCGAGUCGAGAUUGCUCAUUUUGCCUCGUGCAGUUAACAAGAGGGGUUCGGACGGUUGCUGUGUGACUUUUAAAAUAUCACGACGACCGGGACCUUGCAAGUGUCUCCAAAUCCCAGUUGGAGAUUCGGAUGAUCCUCCUCGGCCCUUGUCGGCUUCCCCACAGUUCGGCACUUAUACUCCGCAUUACCCCCCAUCAUUUGCACAAGUCGCACUACCAAGCAAACUGUUGCAGCUGGCGGGGUCUACCUGUCUGCUUACUAAUCAGCCGCUGGUGCCAGUCAACCGCUAGGCAUCAAAGAGAUAGGCAUCUUCUCAGCCAGAACAGUUCAUGUCAAGGCUCUUUAUAAGGACAAUCUACGACGUUAUAUUGCUUGUAUUGCUCUUCUUAAGUGAGAGAUGUUUAUCCAGGGUGCCGUCCUCCCCAUCUGCCUAUGUACUUCAUAAAACCCCACCGCGAAAGCUUGGCUUUGUGCAUCGCGAUCUUCACCUUCCUGAGACCAUGAUCACAAUCGGAUUUCUCGCUUGCGAUCCGUCGCCUGCAGCUAUCUUCUGAGUAAACAGCAAACCCACUUCUCAGCAUCACCAUCUUCAUCUUCCCAUCAAGAACGGAGCAUACCGUCUUGUUGACUACUUUUCGGUCAUCGUGACACCUCUCUUCAACUUAACUACCUAUCCGAACCAGUGCAAUGGCGUCAAGACAACAAGCUUCGUUGCUGAGGAAUCAGGAUGACGAGGAACGAGACUAUGACAUGGCACUUCGUAAUUUCCAGAGCGGUGCCUAUCGCGACUGGCCCAAUGAAGCAGGUUUUGAGGGCCUUGGUGAAGAACGAGGUCCCGUUGAGGUUCCAGUUUCAGGACACAUUCCCCUGUGGGCAAUUGGCAGUCUCUAUCGCACAGGGCCGGGCAUCUACACCAUCGACGACACUCCCAAAGGAACAUACCGCACCGAGCACUGGUUUGAUGGCCUGGCGCAUACUCACCGCUUCGACAUUACCCCCGACCCCGAUAAUGAAAGCAAAGUCAAAGUAUUUUACUCGUCUCGUCGGCAAUCGGACCAUCUCGUCGAACACAUUAGGAAAACUGGAAGCAUGAAGCACCUCAGCUUUGGUCAGAAGCGCGACCCUUGUCUCGGAUUGUUCUCAAAGGUUAUGGGGACGUGGCAAGCUGCGAUGAUCCCUCACGGGGAGAAAUGGAUGGAGAAUGUCAGUGUGGCUAUUUUGCCGAACCCACCUGGACUGGAAUCGGAAUCAGGCAAUUUGUUGGGCAACAAGACUACGGUCGGGAGGGCACCCCAGUCAGGGGGCCACCGAGUCCCUCUCCCCCAAAGUGUGUGGGCAACAACCGACAAUAAUCUCAUGAAGCAAAUGGACCCUGAAACCCUAGAGCCCAUCGGCUUUGCAACACAGUCGGCGUUUCACCCCUCACUCAAGGGGCCUCUUUCAUGCGCCCAUCCACAAAGAGAUCCCGUGAACGGCGACAUCUACAACUUUAAUCAAGACUUUGGAAGAGAGACUGUCUAUCGUGUCUUUUGCGUCAGCGCAUCGACGGGCCAGACCGAAAUCAUUGCCGAGCUGAGGGGAGAAGGUGUACACGCAGCCUAUAUUCACAGUUUCUUUCUGACGCAGCACUUUGUUGUUCUUUGCAUUCCAGCGUCGCAUAUCGGAUGGGGAGGCGUCAAGAUCCCUUGGGCCGGGAAUAUCGUCGACGCCAUGGAGCAUUUUGACGAGUCCAAAAAGAUGAAGUGGUUUGUAGUUGACCGCACCAACACAAAAAGAGGGAUUGUGGGACGGUUUGAGUCCGACGCGGGCUUUUUCUUCCAUUCGGUGAAUGCAUUCGAAGAGGAUGAUGGCAGACGGAUCGUUUGUGACAUGAUGCGGUAUCGGAACCUCGACGUCAUUCAGAAGAUGUACUGCGACGUUAUAUUGCAGAGAGAUGGAGCUACCGAGCGGUUUUGGGAAGUUGAGGAGAGGGCGAAGGGAUCAAUGCUUAGCCUCACAAGGUUUUCCCUAUGUCUGGAACAGAGCAAUCAGCCGAGAUUUGUGCCGGUUGAGAAAGUCUUUGCAAUACCUGCUCCGCACGCGGGAGAAUUGCCAACAAUCAAUCCGCUCUUUGCGACACGCAAGCACCGAUAUAUCUACAGCUUGCCUUAUCAGGGCAGGAGCACCAUGAUGGAUGGAAUUGUCAAGACAGACACACAAACUAGGGAGGUUCUGUUUUGGGAUAUUCCAAAGGGACACAGUCCUGGCGAAGCAAUCUUUGUACCGAGACUACCAACAGGUUCCAACGCCGAGCAAGAAGAGGAUGACGGGGUGCUUUUAAGCAUUAUUCUUGAUGGGUUUGACAAAACAAGCUACCUUUUGUGUUUGGAUGCAAAGACAAUGAAGGAGCUAGGACGUGCCGAGCUUGCAUUUGCGAUUGGGCUGGGAUUUCACGGUGUGCAUGUUACUGCAAGUAGUAAAGAGAUAUAG